GCAUCAUCAGCAGCAGCAGAAACAGCAGCAGAAACAGCGGCUGCAGUUGCAGUGAUGAUCAUCAUGAGCAGCAGCAACAACAAUAACCGCCUGUGUGCUUCACACCUGCUCACAAUAAGCUGUUGAUUCCCCACUUGGACUUGGACUUGGAUCCUGCACGCACACCCUCUCUUUUUUUGUCUCCCUCCUGUCCACGCUCUGCACAAGACGCACCAGAGCGUGGAACACACAGCAUCUGUCGCUCAGAUCCCGUGAGGGGGGGGGGAGGAGGAUGUUGUGAGGCGGUGUCGUUAUCGCUGCAUGGCACUGGAUUUGUUUGAGCGACUUCCAUGACGCGCCAGGACGCACCGAUGGAGGAUUCUGGACUCCUUUUAAAACCGCGGUUAUCUGCGGGACUGCAGCGGCCGGUGUGUGAUGCGAACUGAGCCGUGGGUGGCGUAGACCCCCCUCUCCUCUCCUCUCCUCUCCCCGCACACCCACCACCCCCACCCCCAAAAUCGCCUUAUCAGCGAACUCUCUCCGUCCGAGCGGGACGCACAGCCUUGUUUCACCCCACCGAGCGGAAGAUGUCCCGGGCCGCGGCCAUCGCCAGCUCCCUGAUCCGCCAGAAGCGGCAGGCGAGGGAGCGGGAGAAGGCGAACGCGUGCCGCGGCAGCGGCAGCCCGAGCAACAGCAAAGGCGCAAACGACAAGCCGAGCAAGCUGAACGUUUUCUCGCGCGUCAAAUUGUUUGGAUCGAGGAAGAAACGGAAGAGAAGGCGACCACCAGAGCCCCAGUUAAAGGGCAUUGUGACCAGGCUUUCCAGUCGCCAGGGCUUCCAGCUGCAGAUGCAGCCCGAUGGCACCAUCGAUGGAACCAAGGACGAGGACAGCACUUAUGCUGUCUUCAACCUGAUUCCAGUGGGGCUUCGUGUGGUGGCCAUCCAGGGGGUCCAGACCAAACUCUACCUGGCAAUGAACAACGAAGGCUUUCUCUACACCUCUGAACAUUUUACUCCCGAGUGUAAGUUCAAGGAGUCUGUGUUCGAGAACUACUACGUCACCUACUCCUCCAUGCUGUACCGGCAGCAGGCCUCGGGCCGGGCCUGGUACCUGGGGCUCAACAAGGAGGGCGGGAUCAUGAAGGGCAACCAUGUGAAGAAGAACAAGGCUGCUGCACACUUUAUACCCAAACCACUCAAAGUGGCCAUGUACAGAGAGCCCUCCCUCCAUGACCUGACAGAACUCUCGCGCUCAGGCAGCGGCACGCCGACCAAGAGUCGCAGCGCUUCAGCCCUGCUCAACGGCGGUGGGAAGUCACCGAGCAACAAUGACUUAUCCUAGCCCCCCACCCCUCACACACACACACACACACACACACACACACGCUCACACACACACAUUUGUGCACACACUUAUCUCAGGCGGAGGGAAGACGCCCGACAACAAUGACUUAUUCAAAGCUCCCCACUCCUCAAACACACAUGAACACAGAUACACGCACACACACACACACACACAUCGACAUACACGCAGAUCUCAGGCCGACAUGCCCACACCACACAUCAGGCGGGUGAGGGUGAGGGUGAGGGUGAGGAGAAGAGAAAAUGGAGGACAAGAACUUGUUGUUCUUCCACUUUUACGGAGCCCACUGUGACUGACUGUGAUGUAAAUAAAACAAGGACAAUCAAUCCAUGUGACUCUGCUGCUCUGGUCUGCAGAGGGACGGGAACCUGUGAAUCUCUUCCCUUAACUACUACUACUACUACAGUACUACUGCAGUACUACUACUACUACUACUACUACUACUACCCCUCCUGCUGUAUCAUAUAGACAGAACGAGGGAGGGAGAGAAAGAGAAAGGAGGGAUAGAGAGUCAGUCAGUCACGCAGUCCUCUAAAACAGACUGUUACCGAGAACCAAAGAGUCCAGGUGUUACUGCUAUGAGAAGGUUACAGAGCAACAAGUGAAGGAGGCAAGGAAGGAAGGAAGGAAGUCUUUAUCUAUUCUAACGUACGCUAUGUUUACACAGAGUUCAAGGGGUUAAGUCAUAUUUUUAAAAAUGACAAACACGAUCCUUGUACACUUAUGAGGACUGAUCAUUUGUUUGCAUGCAGGUGCGCCUGUGUGUGUGUGUGUGUGUGUGUGUGUGUGGUUGGGGAUUUUACCUUUUUAAGAUCCGUUGUAUAAUCAAAUAAAAAAAAUAAAAAAACCUCCUGAGGGCUUUAGCAGGUUAAAAAUAAGGUUUACUGUAUAUGCUUCCAUGCUUACUUCUUACAAGCGAUGCCGUUGUUUAUCUUUGCGUUUGCCGUCGUCGUUGCCGUUUGUUUGUUUGUUUGUUUGUUUGUUGUUGCAUGGAAGCUUGUGGACCUCUGCUCAGUAGCAGCAUGCUGAAGGUCCUUAUUCCCCCCCCCCUCCCCCUGGUCUUAUGUGUUCCUGACCAAAAGAGAACACUAGUGAGCCAAUAGUGUCGUACCACAACACUAGUGAUCCAACAAACGUGAGGGUGUUUGAACACUACUGGACCAAUAGUAUUGCACCAGAACAUGAGUGGACCAAUGGUGUUGGACCAGAACUUUGGUGAACUUUUAGGAGCACAGAUUAAACUUCAUAUUUUUGGUUCCUGCUGUGGACAAAGUAGAAAUGCACUAAAUAAACUCUUUCUUAAGAAGUGA